AUGUUGUACGGCAACUGUAACGGCAAACUAAAGGAGUUUGUUUCGGGCAAGUCUGAUGCAUGGCUAACUCUGUUAGAUAUUUGGAUACUAAUGGCUUUUUCUCUUCCAGAGGGCAAAUCUGCAUGUAUCAGAUUUCUUAGACGCUGGAUUAGAAUUGUAGUUGAAGCUGCACUUCUCAUUUCUUUGAUAGUGAUGGGAUUUAAAACCCAGCAGUCAUGUCCACUCUCCAACGCUGCCUCAUGUCCAACGAACCGUUCCACCCCCUCGUGUGUGGAUGAGUGGAUUGGAUACCGAGGGAAAUGCUACUAUUUCUCAGAGGCUGAAGGGAACUGGAACAAAAGCCAGAGCCACUGCUCUGCCCUCGGUGCCUCCCUGGCUGUGAUUGACACCCAGCAGGACCUGGAUUUCAUGCUGAGUUACAAAGGCACCACAGAUGCGUGGAUUGGUCUCCGGAGGGGCUCCGAUCAUCACUGGAAAUGGGCAAAUGGCACCAAAUUCAGCAAACUAUUUGAAGUCAGAGGAGAUGCAAACUGCGCAUUUCUGAUGGAGACUGCUGUCAGCUCUUCAAGGUGCUACACCAUGAGAAGCUGGAUCUGCAACAAACCAUAUGCAUAAUAGAUGAAGGGAAAGUAACACGGACAUGCAGGGGAGAUGCCAGAAAUGAAGGAAUUAAAUCACAGUUGGACUCUGAAAACCGAGAGCAAAAAACCUGCAUCUUAGGAGUAUUGAUUUAUCAUCUCUUGCUGUCUCCAGAUCAGAUGGGCUCAUUUUACAGGUAAACAGAUGCUGCU